AUGAUGAUGCAGUCCUUCUCCCCCGAGGAAAAGGAGCUGAACCGACGACUACUCGAACUACCUUCGUAUUUCGAUAACCGCUUUACCCAUGCCGCCGACUGCGACCUUAGACAAACCCUCUUCCGAUCAAUAGCGAAAGGCCGAGAUGACUAUCUUCGCCUCUUCUUCCCCGCUGGACCGCCCACUGACCGGUCCAAAGCAUGGUCUUUGAAAGAUGCUCAAGGCGCGUUGGAGGGCGCCGAGUAUUCGGCUGCCGCAAAAGGCCAAGCAUGUGGCCACAUCUUCAAGAAUGGAGAGAGUACAUAUCACUGCAAGACGUGCGCUUCAGACGACACCUGUGUCCUGUGCGCAACGUGCUUUGAGUGUAGCGACCAUGAGGGGCACACCGUCUUGAUCUCAGUCUCGCCUGGCAACAGUGGCUGCUGCGACUGCGGUGACCGCGAGGCAUGGAAGAAGGAAGUCCGAUGUUCGAUACAUACGGCUGGAGAAGAGCCUGAUGGGCAGACUGCCAAGAGUAGCGGCAAGGAGAAGGAAAAGGUCGCUACGGGCUCUUCAGGCUCACAGCUUCCCGUGGAUCUGGUUGAGUCGAUCCGAAUGACUGUAGCGAGAUGCGUGGACUACCUGUGCGACGUCUUCUCCUGUUCGCCUGAGCAGUUGAGGCUACCGAAAUCAAAGACUUCUAUUCUCCAAGACGAACGGCUGGCGCGCCUGUCACACGUCUACGGAAUCGAGACUCUCGAGGAGAACCCCGAGUUUGCGCUGGUGCUAUGGAACGAUGAGAAACACACCGUCGACGAUGUGCAGAAUCAAGUUGCUAGAGCCUGCUCGAAAACAAAGCGAUUUGGGCUGGAGAAGGCUAUGGAAGUCAACGAUGUCGGCAGGUCGGUCGUUCAGUACUCCAGAGACUUGGAAGAGCUUUUGCGGAUGGCGGAGAUCAUCGAGCAGCUCAAGGUCACAGUAACUAUCAGGUCAGCCCGGGACACCUUCAGAGAGCAGAUGUGUUCGACUAUUAUAGACUGGAUAUCGGAUGUGUCCAGCGGAUCAGUGGGCGACGAACCACAUCUUUUGAGGAACAUUGUCUGCGAAGAGCUUCUGAAACCCUGGAGAACUGGCAGUCCGGCGAGCAACAAAGACAUUGGUCAAUCAGGCAUUGACGAUCAUGAGACCGACGAGAACGACAGGUUGACUCGGAGAUACCGAGCAUACAUGGCACCUCUGCGGCGGGCCGCAAACGUAGUUCGACUUGAGGUCGAAGUUGAGGAUCCUGUCAACGAUGAUGAUGAAACGGAGAAUAACGACGACGACGACGAUGAGGAUGAGGAUGAUGACGAAGACGAUGAAGAUGAUGACGACGGAUUUGGUGACAUGGACGUUGACGACGACGAUGAUAUGGGAUUCGAAGUCGAAGAUCUCAGAAAUGGAUCGAACUCGGCUGUGAACGAAGGCGUUGAUAUGGACAUCGAUAUUCUGGACGAAGGCGAGGAUGAUGUGACUGGCGCUCUGGAGGCUACGUAUGCAGGAUACCCGCCUCCUCCGCCUCCUCCAGCUCCCUCUAGUCAGCGGAGAAGGAUCCUGACACCCCAAGAUAGUGACGAGGGAGAAGGCCCUGAGCAGCCAAGACCAAUUUCCAACGAGCCAUAUGGUAACGUUCCACGGACACCCAAAGUCAAAGGCACAAAGAGACUACGACCUAGCAAGCAUUGGCUCGAGAAGCCGGAGGGCUUCAAAGCACCGAGACCAACUGAGCCUUGCGAGGAUCUCUGGCAGCGUGUUCGGCUUGAUUUCCUCAUUCUUUACGACUUGCGGCUGUGGAAGACUUUGCGAAUCCACCUUCGGCAUUUGUACAUCACGACAGUGGUGACGAUCCCACAUUUCAAGCGCAUCCUGGGCCUUCGAUUCGCCGGCCUUUACACGGCGCUCGCACAGUUGUAUCUUGUCGCAGACCGGGAGCCAGAUCAUUCUAUCAUAAAUCUGAGUGUCCAGAUGCUGACCACGCCUACGAUCACGCAAGAAGUCGUCGAGCGGGGCAACUUUCUUACCAAUCUCAUCGCAAUCCUCUAUACAUUCAUCACAACACGACAGGUCGGCUUCCCGGAGGAUGUCAAUCCCAAAGCUACGCUGGCGUUUGACGCAGGGGCAGUCACUAAUCGUAGGAUAUUCCAUUUCUUCCUUGACCUCCGGUGGUUGUUCCAGUCUGAGCUCAUCCAUCAACGAAUGCGGUUCGAGCCUCGCUAUCUCCUACAAUUCCUGGAUCUCGUCAAGCUACACCAAGGUGUUUGUCCGAACUUGCGCGCUACCGGCGAACACGUCGAGUACGAAUCCGAUGCGUGGAUCAGUGCCAGUAUGAUUGUCAAGGAGAUCAACAAGCUGUGCAAGCAAGUCGCCAUCUCAUUCGCCCCGGAUACCAAAUACGAUGAUGGCAACGCCAACUUGCAGCGUGCUGUCCGGACAGUGGCCCAAGUAGCCAUGAUCAACUCGUUUGGAUAUGAACGCAAGCGCUUCCACGCUGCAGAGCUCAAGGAUGAUCUAGCAUGGCAUUCAGUCGGACCAUUUGAAUAUGAUGGAAAGCUGUACAGUGUGCCACGACAUAUCGUUCAGUCGGAGCCGAUGAGCUUCCAUCAUCCAUUACACUACCUUCUCUCGUGGCUAAUCGAGAACGCCAAGAGCAUGCGAAGGGAAGAGAUGCGAGCACUGCUACACUUUUCUCCUGCAGACCUCAAGGAUCCUUGGAAUGUCACUCGAACUGCUCCAGCUCCACAUGACUUGACUUCCGACGAACUGCUGAGUGCGAUCUUCGACCAUCCGCUGCGUGUGUGUGUUUGGCUUGCACAGAUGAAAGCUGGAAUGUGGGUCCGAAAUGGGAUUACCCUUCGACACCAGGCCCAUACAUACCGUGGCGUAUCACAUCGAGACGUCGGCUAUCAGCGCGACCUCCUGAUGGUGCAAGCUGGACUGGUGCUCUGUGGCGCCGAGACUGAACGUCCAGGAGAGAGGUUCUUAGCUCAGAUGAUUGAUCGCUUCCAAAUGGAAGGCUGGGCGAAGGGUAACUACGAAGUCAACGCCGGAUAUGAAGAGCCCCAGCAGCUCGACGUCUUUGAAGACUUCUACCACCUCCUGGUCAUAGCACUCUCGGAGCGCGGAAAUCUGCUACCGAGUAUCGAUGCCAAGGAGCAGCAUGACAAAGUGCUACAGCAUGACAUUGCUCACGCCCUAUGCUUCAAGCCACUGUCAUUCAGCGAACUCAGUCAAAGGGUGACGGAGAAAGUCGGUGAAUCAGAUGACUUUAACCGUAUCCUCGAGAGCAUGACUGUCUUCCGCCCUCCAGAAGGCCUUUCGGAUACCGGUACCUUCGAGCUGAAAUCAGAGUACAUCGAGCUUGUGGAUCCAUUCUAUGCGCAUUACUCUCGCAAUCAGCGCGAGGAAGCCGAAAACAUCUACAAGCGGCACAUCGCCCGCAAGACUGGCAAGACGGCUGAGGAUGUCGUCUAUGAGCCAAGGAUGGAGCCUAUCAGAGAUGGACUGUUUGCCAGCAUGUCGGCUUUCACAGCAACGCCCCUAUUCGUUCAAGUCAUUGGAGCUGCUCUCAACUUUGCGAUGAACGUCAAGCAAGCAGCGCCGAAGGUACAAGUCACACGAGUGGAGACAUUCCUACACGUCGUCCUUCACCUAUUGUUGAUUGCUGUAGUGGAGGACAAGACACCCGAAGGAUCAGAAGAUGGCUUCGUCAAACUGGCGUCUUCCACGACUUGCAACUUCAAGGGACACGACUACGUUGCGCUUAGCACACAGACCACCGUCGUCACCUUACUUUUAGCCCUGUCUGGCAUGGACGAAUAUGCCUCUUGCCAUCCUGCGAUCAAGCACAUUCUUCGGAAAAUGCACUUGCAGCGACCAGAUAAGCUGACCACGGCCAUGGGCCCGUUAGGUGCGAUACUUGAUCGAUCAGACACUGGCUCACCAGCCUCGCUUUCUGCAGAAGACAAAGACCGCAAGAAGCAGGAAGCGCUCGCACGACAGGCCAAGGUCAUGGCGGCAAUGAAACAGGCACAGAACAGCUUCCUUCAGAACCAAGGAUUGUCUAGCUUUGACGAUGAAUUUGACGAUCUUGAGGAUGAUAUGUCCAUCACUCAAGAACCGGAAAGCAUCGAGCAGCGCAAGACAUGGAGCUUCCCAACUGGAACGUGUAUACUCUGUCAGGAGGAGACAGACGAUCAGCGCUUGUACGGUACAUUUGCAUUCUUGGGGGAGAGCAGCAUUCUACGAUCAACGCCAAUUUUCGACGAGGACUACAUCAAAGAAGUGCACAAUAUACCAGAGAGUCUGGACCGCCCAGCAGAUGAUAUCCGGCCUUUUGGUGUAGCAGGAGACAACAAACGUCCAGUCCAGAAGGUCAACCCCGACGGCAAGAUGGUCACAGUUGAACGACAAGGUCUGUCCAAAGCGUUUCCACACCAGAACGGCAUCAAGGGGCCAGUCGCUACUAGUUGCGGACAUAUCAUGCAUUACAAUUGCUUCGAGCUGUACUUGACUGCCACACACCGUCGGCACGCACAGCAUAUUGCUAGGAACCAUCCGGAGUCGAUCGAGAAUAAGGAAUUCAUCUGUCCACUCUGCAAAGCACUUGGUAAUACAUUCUUGCCCAUCAUCUGGAAGGCGAAGGAGUGUGCACAGGAGCAUGAGUUGCACGCCGCGAAGGGCUUCGCGGAUUGGAUCGCUGAAGCGCCUUCGCAUUACUCCGCCGACCUCUCGUUCUUCGACAGCGCGCCGGCGGCGAACCACCAUCAACAGCAAGUUCAGGAUUUGUACUCGAAUCGCUCGUUCCAGUACGUGGCGAGCAUGUUCGCGCCGUCUCUAGUCCAAAAUAUGAACGAGCUAUCGUUGGACAACAGCAACUCGCCCACGAGCGCCCAUCAGCAUCGAUAUCCUCUGCGGCGAGGACAUACACUUCAGCGACUGUUUGGGCUGACUUCGUAUGGCAGUGCGAGUCAAGGGCAAGUCUUCUCAGGCGGUGAUCCGACAUCAUCCCCGACAUCCGACCAGAGCAGGUUGAACGAACUUCUCAAAGCCUAUACCCGCAUGGAGGAUUCGAUCAAGCACAACCAUCUAUCUGAGGAGUUGAGAGAAACACCUGGACUGGGCCCGCAGCCAGUCUCAGCAAAUCCAGUCGUUGCCAUGUCUCGUGCCGUUGGACUAUCCAUCUCUGCCUUUGAGAUCUCGCAUCGUGGUGUCUGCAACGAUCCCACGGCCACAUCUCUGUUGGCAGAAUUGCCUGAGCAAGUCCUGACACACUUGCGAAUCAUGUCAGAGACGACAGAGUCCUACUUGGCAGUCAACGUGCUCAAGUCUGGCUCCAAUCACGUGGCUCGAGACUCGAUCAAGAAGCGCGAUAUCAUCACUGCCCAGCUCUUCGGCGUCGAGUCGGAGUUCGAUGAGACGCGGGUGCAAGCACACGUCAAGAUGCUCUUCGAGGACGACAUGUUCUUGUUCUUUGCCGACUGGCUAGCCUUCAUGGCACCCACUGUCUCAGAGGCGUCAUCGAUCAUGCAGUUGUGUUACUGGGCGGAGAUCGUCAAGACGCUAUUCGUGUACUGGUCUAUAUUCGAUGAUCAAGGCAAUUCACAGGACGCGGGCGAGACGAGCGAGCAGUUCAAAGCCGCCGUCGAAGAAAUGAACCUUGGGGUUGGACUCGACGAAGGCCAUACCACCGACACGACCUUCGCCCCGGCACUCCGCCAGGUGGUCAACAAGUACGCCCUGACCUUCCUGCGCAAAUGCGCCGUGCUCAUGCUCGUCCGCUACGGGCUGGACUUCGACUGUCCCUACAACAUCGACCCCGAACUGCCGGAACUCCAGCGCCUCACCGCCCUCCUCCACAUCCCCUCCAUCGACGACCUGUGCGCGACCUUCAUCUCCCGCACCCCCAGCGGCGCCAACCUCCGCAAAAUCACGGCGCGCUGGAUAAGACAAGCCGCCUCACACCCCAGCUUCGAAGAUACCAUCCGCCUCCCGCACCCAGCCAUCUUCGAACUCGUCGGCCUGCCCAAGAACUACGACACCCUCACCGAAGAAGCGAUCCGGCGACGCUGCCCGACGACCGGCAAAGAAGUCACGGACCCCGCCGUCUGCCUCCUCUGCGGCGAGAUCUUCUGCUCGCAGGCCGUGUGCUGCAUGAAAGACCGCAACAAAGGCGGGUGCUACCAACACAUGGAAGCGCACGGGGAGAAGACGGGCCUCUUCAUCAACAUCCGCAAGUGCAUGGUGCUGUUCCUGCACGGGCCGGGGACGGGGAGUUUUGCGCACGCGCCGUAUUUGGAUCGGCAUGGGGAGCCGGAUCCGACGCUCAGGAGGCAUCAUCAGUUGUUUUUGAAUCAGAGGCGGUAUGAUAAGUUGUUGCGGGAGGUGUGGUUGGGGCAUGGGGUGCAGACGGUUAUUUCGAGGAAGUUGGAGGGGGAUGUUAAUCCUGGGGGGUGGGAGACGCUUUGA